AUGAAAAGAGCUUCAGGACAAGAGUAUGAAAGAUGGGAACUUUGCGUUAAGGCUGGAUUGAACAUCAAUCAAUAUGUGGGAUAUGCUAGGGCUUAGUUCUUUGAUGACAACAGGAGAUUCGUAGUUGUAAAGGCAAGGGGUUAAGCCAUUGAGAAUGCUUUAAAGGUUGUUCAGCUUGUUAAGGAAAACAUGGGAGAUAUUCACUCACAAAGUAAACUAUACUUGAUGGUUGAUUCAAAGUCGUUUGGUCAUAACAAUGCUAGAGGCAAAUCUUCAUAAUCCAGAACUAGAAGCAGGGGUAAGUAGGUGUAAUUUACUUCAGACAUUAAUCCUGAGGAAGACGAAGGAUUCAGUUCUCAUGACACCAUCAUUGAGGAUUGGGAGAAAUACUCAAAAGAUAAGUACAAAAAGCAGCUAAGAGUUUUGCCAGCUAUUGAAGUUAUCUUAUCUAAGAAUGUCAUCAAUCAGAAUGAUCCUGGCUACUAGAAACCAGCUAUCAGGAUUUAAACAAUCUUUCAUGGUACAUAGGUUUCUAAGGUGAAGAAAAGUUAAUCCAAGCAAGAAAAGAUCAUGAGAAGAAGAAAUCUCAACAAUGAAUUCUUUUUUAGUAAGAAGGAGGUAUCAUCACCAUCUAACUCUGGCUAGUCUAGCAAGGGCUUUAAGAAGUAGAAAAUCUACAAUAGUUAGGAGAGCUUCAAAUCAUUCAACAGCAGCAGAAACCAAAUGGAGAGUAAGGAGAAUGUGAAUCGCAGCAAUACUUAAUUCUUUCAAGAUGAAUCCAUUUUUGGUAACUUGACAAAUAAUUACUCUUAGUUGUCAAGGUUUUCUCAUCCAAAUCAAGCCGCAAAUGAUUUCUAGCCUUAGAGGAGAUUCAAUGAUCACUUUGACAAUGGCUAAGAUUUGAAUGGAGGGAUUAAGCUUCAAUCUACCAUGAAGAGACUAGAUAGACAUAGAUUCAGUGUAGACAAGUAACUUGGAUUGAGUCUUUCUGAACUUGAGAAUAGAGGUGGACAGAAGGAAAGAAGUCAAGAUAGAAGAAUGAUGCUCAAUGGUCCUAUAAUGAGAGGAUCUAGCAAGCAUGCUAGAGCUUUUGGCAAGGAGAAUGAGGAGAAUUAUCAGGUCAAGAAGCUAAAGAGAAAAUGA